CAUAAUCAGCAACACUGUGUUUUAACAUUCAGCUACCAAAAUGUACAACUGUUCCAGCAUCAAGUGCAUUUCUUUUUUUAUUUGUUGCAAGCGAAUUUUUAGCAAGUAUUUUUAUUUUUGAAAAAUUUGUGAAAAUGUACAAAAUUUGAGAAGAAAAUUAAUAUAAUUAUGUUAAAAAUAAAAGAAAAAUUUAUAACGUUUAAUAGCAAACAUAAAUAAAAAAGAAAUUACAAUAAAUUGCACAAAAACAACAACUUACCUACUGAAUAGAGAAAAAUACUGACGCCACGAUUUGCUUGCUUGAGGUGUCUGUGGCGUUAAAGACAAGUAUUUUUUAUUACAAUUCUAAAAAAAUUUAAAAACAAUAUCAAUAUUAUGGCAGCUUUGAAUGUCAAACCCGUUAUAGCUCCUAUUCCAGGAGCCUCCACCUCCUCUUUGUUGGGCAACUUAUCGAUUACGGCUGAAAAGAACAAGCAAUGGCAGAGGGAAUUGUUAAUGGAACGUAUACGUUCCCAUUCCUCACAACACAAAACGUUUCAAGAACUUUCGAAAGGUAUGCGCAUGGGCAUGUUAGAAAAACGUUAUCCCUUAGAUGCGGUGGAGAAAUCUAACCUACAAAAAUGUUUGGACAAUAUGCAGCACUGUAUUAAAGUCACUUCUAGGCAGGGUCUAGUCGAGAGACUUGAAAGUCUUUCGCGUCAAUUGAGUCUAAAGUUUUCGGACGACACUAAAGCCCUGUUCAUAUCGACAGACAUGUUCUUUCUGGAAAUUCUUUUGGAUUCAAGUGGCUCCUUAACAGAUGUUAAAGUGCAUCAUGAAUCUAAGGCUGAUCAGCAGUCUUGCAGUGAGUUGGUAGAUUGCCUUAAUCGUGGAGACUUUGCCGAUUUUACGGCUCAACUUGAGGGAUUUUCUUCAAUCUAUCAAUUGAACGCAGAAUCCAAGGUGAAAAUUAAGGCUUAUGAUGCCAUGCAGGCCAUGGAAACAGAUUUGUAUAAUAUUUUCCAAAUGCAAAAUUUUACAAAAGACACUCAACAAGUCCUACAAGAAUCUAUAGUAGGUGUGGUUUUAAAAAGAAGAGGAGGUCAUCCCAUGCGUCUGGUGUAUUUUGUUUCUCCCUACGAUUUGAUAUCUCUCGAAAGUAAAACUUUACAGUCUUUGAAUUUGGAGACUUUUAAGAACAAACAAAUUGGUUUUAGUGUAACGGUGAACUUGGAAGCAUCUUCAGCCAAUAAACUGCAAAUUUCACCCACAGUCACAGUGGCCAAAGAUCCUCAAACGGGCGUCGAUAUGCCCGUCUUUGCUCCACUAAAUCAAAUGAAUUCCAUGCUAUUGCCCGCCACAUUUGUGUUGCGACUCAACAGACCUUUGCCGGUGUGCUUUAACACUUUACGUUCUAUGGGUUUAUGCGCGGCCGCCAACAGCGAAACAAAUCCUCUGCCUUCUUCCUCUCUGGAGUCACAACAUAAAUCGCCUGUUGUGGCGAACAUUAUGAGUCUAAUCAUACAAACUGCUUCGGAUCAACAAAUGAAAUCAUCCCAGAAAGGUUUGUUCGUUUGUCUGCCCGAUCAAACACACUGCUAUUUUUUCACGGAAAAUAAAUUGUUAAAAUCUACUUUAAUCCAUUCUGUACCAUUUACGGAACCUUCACAAGUGCCAAAAAUUUUGGAUUUUCUUAAAAAGAUGGCCUUAUUUUAUACACUUUUGUCAAGUUGUGUUCGUCCUCAAUCUAAAAUGGGCAAUGACAUAGAUUCGACCACCAUACUCGAAGUUAAUGCCAUUUCAUUUCAACAAAUCUCAGUGGCUCUUCAGCACCCCUACGAGGAGUCAAUGGCCACGGUAGAGUUUGAUUUACGCACUGGAGUGCCACAAUGUACCAUCUACAGCAUUUGUAACAAUUAUGAUUUACUCUCCAUUAAAUUAACAAGCAUUGUACAAAAAUGUCUCUCCAUACCGGUGACAAUAAGAGCUCUCAUGAGAUUUUGGGAUCAAGAACGAAUGAAAAUGUUCCAACGCAGCCUUGGUGGGGGAUCUACAAAUGCUGGCGGCAUAGGUGGCGGAGGAGGAGGUGGUGCUACAAAUGUCGGUGGAUCUGGAGCCGGUGGCAAUAUGUCUGGUAAUAUACCGACUACUUCUCAUGGUUCUUAUGGAAAUUUUAAUAUAUCAGGCGGAUCAAAUGAUCCAGGAGGUGGAGGUAUGAGUAGUAAUAUGAAGAUGGCUGGCGGUACUAUGAAAAUGGAGACAGCAGGACAACAGCAAAGGUCGCAGAUGCAGGCCGCUACAGCAGGUUUUUUAAAGUACAAAGGUGGUGAAUUGAAGCAGGAGGAUUUUCAUGAGAGCCCAAAGAGUCAAACUUUAGCUGCAACAGCUACCGAGCAUGUUGCUGCAUCCUUAAUGCAAUCUAAUUUAGAAGUUAACUCUUUGGGCCAAACACUAACGCAACAACAACAACAACUUCAUACACAACUACAACAACAGCAACAACCACCACAAAAAACAUUUGAACAAAAGAUUGCCGCUGAUCAUGAAAUCGCUGAUAAGUAUAAAAAUAUUUGGAAAGAUAAAACACCAAAUCUGAAAAACUCUGUUAGCAUAACACCCAUUAAUGAUGCCACCAACUCUAACAAUAUCCACUCCAACUCCUCUAACAACACCACCAAUGCCGCUUCAUCUUUGGAUGUUAAGCGUACAUGUGGCAUAGAAAUCAUACCUUUAACCGGAACAAACAAUAACAAUACGGGUGUCAACAAUACAGGAACCAAUACAAAUGUGACACCCACUACUAUAACAAUAACACCCAUUAAUGCGGGUUCUUCACCUUCAGCUUUGGGCAAUAAAGACAAGAAAUCAUCUUCUAGUAUGGCUUCUGCAAUAUCCUCAUCUGGUUUGUCUUCCUCGUCUUCUAAUAAACGUUCACUAGAUGGGGGCGAUAAUCAAAAGGAUAAGAAACGCAAGAAACGUAGGGAUGAUUCGCCCAUGGGCCCUCCGGAAAAAGUGUUUUCACGACAAAAUUCACCUGCUGGUUCAAGUGAAGCUGCCACGGCAGUGGCUCGUAAAUUCUCUUCACCCUCCUCAUCACCCAAGGGUUCUUCGGGCGGUUUGUUGGCCUCAUCAGUAGCAGGUUCAUCGUUGUCGGCUCGUCCCAGUCCCAAGCAUUCACCUGUUUACAGUAGUCCCAAACAUAAUACAGCCUCCAAUAGUCCCAAAUCGCCCUUUGGUACCCACUCUCCCAAACAUGGCUCCUCUGGUAAGCCCAGCAUGUCCACGUUAAAAAGUGCCACUGCUGCUAGUCCCAAAGGUGAUAAAUCUUCUUCAUCUUCGAACUCUUCCUCAAAUUCGUCUGUACUUAAUACCGCUGCUCUAGUACGCUCACUACAAUCGGGUUCGUCCUCCUCAGCCACGGCUAGUACCGUUGCGGCUGCCGCAGCUGCUGCUAUGGCUGCCCUCAAAAAUAAAGACAAAUCCUCCGCUCUCAAUUCGGCAGCGGUUAGUUCUGCGGCAGCUGCUGCAGCGGCCGCUGUUAAAUCAAGCAUGGGUGUUACCUCCAUGCAACAAUUGAAGUCUUCCGUUACCAGUCUUAAUCAUAUGACGGCUGCUGCGGCGGCUGGUUUUGGCGCUACUAAUAACCCCAACACAUCUAUGGAUCUUAACUCAGCCAUGCGUAAAGGUGUAGCCGCUGCGGUUAGUUUGAUGACGUCGACACCAACUACAGCAACAGUAUCAACAGCCUCAACACGGUCACCGCAACGGCAGUCGCUGGAGCAACAGGACAGACACAGACAGCAUCCAACAACGCAGCAGCCACUUGGCAGCAAUGAGUUAAUGAAAUUAUCAUCGUCCUCAUCUUUGGCGGCAAAUGAUACUCUUAACACUAGUGGUGGCAGCAGCAGUAGUAGUAGUGAGUAUAUGGUUAAAUCAUCACAAGAAGGUUUAAAAUUAACCAUAAACAAGACCUCCCAUAAGUCGUCAUCGAAAUCGUCGAGCUCAUCAAAGUCAUCUCAUAUGGCUACACAAGGAUCGGGGUCCUCUUCGUCGGGGUCUUCGUUUUAUAAUAAAAAGCUACAUACAGGCCUUAAACCGGGUGUAAAUAGUGGACCAGCUUCCAAGAAAUCAACAUCAUCUGCUUCCUCGUCUUCGAAAUCAUCCUCCUCUUCAUCAUCAUCAUCCACUAAGCACAUGUUUCAAAAAUCGAAUUCAGCAGGUAGUUUAAGUACAAAAUUAGGUUCUAGUACCAACUCUUCAUCUACGGGUUAUGGUCUUUCCAAAAGUCAUAGUACAAAUUCAUUUUCCGAUUCACGCAGAUCAUCGAAAAAGUCCCACAGUGCUUCAACAUCACCGGCAUUGCCGUCAUCACAUAACUCCUCGUCAACGGCUUCAACGUCUCAGCCAGCUACACGUUUGGAUCAUCAUGCCGAUAUGAUGAAGAUCUUGCAAUAUGCUUCGCCCAUAAUGGCGGCCAGCAUGGAGGGUUUUAUGAAGGGAUUAAAUUCAAAAUUUCAAAUACCCAAACUAUCACAACGUAACAAUAAUCCUAAUCCUAACACCAAUACUUCUACCACCCACAGUUCCUCUUCUGCAACAACAUCGUCAGCAUCAUCAUCAUCAACAAUGUCCAGCUCGUCAACAACAUCAUCCUCUUCAACAGCACAACAACAUCCUGCCUCGUUUAACAAGUCUAAAGACAUCAAAUUAACAACUCCUCCCCUACAACAUCCAUAUGAACAACAGCACAACCAGUCAUCCGUUUCCUUGCACAUCCUCAAAACUUCCAGCUCAUCGACAGCCACAUCAACCUCCUCUUCUUCAGCAGCUACAUUGACUAAGUCAAAAUCUUCAUCAUCGUCAACAUCAUCUGCCUCAUCAUCUCUAGGAUAUCUUAACGCUGCCACUAAAUCUACAAAUUCGAAUUCCUCUCAUGUCGAUGAUUCCCUGUUGGCAACAUUGGCGGCGGGUAAAUGACAUUGCGUUACUGGCGUUCCCUCUAACACUCUCCAUAAGUAUUGGUCUUUGUAUAUGAUAAAUACAUUUAUAAUAAGACUGUUGUAAGUUUGAAUGUUGGAUUACGAUUAUUGUUAGUUUUGUUAGUAUAUAUACAAAUAUUUUAUUUUGCACAAAUAAUUUUCUGCCUUAAUUUGUUGAAAAAAAUUGUAAAUUUUGGAAAAAAUUAUUGUUAAACAAAAGAAUUUUGAAAAGAAAUUAAUUAAAAAAAUUUAAAUUGUAA